AUGGCAACAGCUUAUCUUUUCCGUGAAAUUUUUGUGAUUACGGGCCCUCUAAGUCGAUACUUACAAAGUGUUAAUGUAGAUCCUUGUAAAGCGUUAGCUAUGAUCGACAGCUCUCUUUCUCAACUUCAAAAAUUACGUAGCGAUCCAGAAGAGAUCAUUAGAACUUGUGACAAUGAAUACGGUCCAGUUGAAUGGAAAGAAACAAGGGUGAGAAGUCGAAGAGUAAUGGAUGGUGAGAUUGCUAGAGAUGAACCAGAGGCCACACCCCUUGCUCACUGGAAACGUGAAACAUUCCAUGUUGCUGUUGACACCAUCAUCAAUUCGAUGAGAAAUCGUUUCGAGAAGAACCGGCCAUCAUUGCAAUCGCUUGCAAUGUUUGCCCCAAGCGGCUUCCCCAAGCUUGUGGAGAACUUCCAAAAUGCCCGCGACUUGGAAGAAAGCAUAACCAGUUUCUGCACGACAUAUCACAUCGAUUCAUCAUGCUGCGCCGAAGAGCUGUUCACCUUUGCACCUUCAUUCUUGAAGUUCAACCGCUCUCUUUUCGUUUUUCCCAAAGAAAGAAAGGAGGAUUUUCACGAUGUCGAUGGCUCUGAUUCUGAAGAAGUAUAG